AGGACAUUCAGUAUGGACUACACCAUCAAGGCAGCUGGGCCAUGGGCAUCCACGUGCGACUUCGGGACGUGGGAAAUGCGCAGUAGGAUGGGAUGUACUUGUAUAUGGAUAAAUAUAUAUAUAUAUAUAUAUGGCGCAAUGGGCUCUGUUUACGGCCCCGGUCCGGGUCCGGUCUCAGAGGUCUCCUUGAAGUUCAUACCUAAGGUACGGUAGGUAAGUAGGUAGCAAGAAUGGUGUCCCUCAAGCAGCUCGUGGCCCUGGGCAUCUUCUCCAGCGCCACCCCCGCCGCCGCGGCCUCCUCCUCCAAGCAGCCGCCGGUGGCUUCCGUUUCAUGCAAUGGGCAGUCCUACACCUACCACGGCCUAGCAGGCUUCGGGUCUGUUCCGUCCGACGCGCGCGACCAGUACGGCGACACCAUCUCCCUCGGAUCGUCCAUGACCAUCAAGAACUGGGCGAGAUUGAACCCCGGCAACAAGAGCAAGAACAAGAACGAGAAACACAAGGACAACACGUACACGUACACGGGCACGCUAUACGGCCUGCCCGAUCGAGGAUGGAACACCAACGGCACGCAGAACACAAUCCCCCGCCUGCACGUCUUCGAUAUCACUUUCACUGUGGCGGCCGAUGAUGGUGGUGGUCCCACGGUGGCCAACCCGUCCAAGCCGAACCUGCGGUUCGCUUACAACCGCACCAUCCUCCUCUCCGGGCCCGACGGCAAGCCCAUGACGGGGCUGGACCCGGAUUUCACGGGCGGGUUGUCCUACGCCGGCACCGGCGGGUUUACGACCCUGCUGCCGGCCGCGGCCUAUCCCGGGGAUGGCUUCGGCGGUAGUGGUGGUUCCGGGGACAAGCGCAUCGCGCUGGACGCUGAGGGUCUGGUGGUGUUGGACGACGGGUCAUUUUUCAUCAGCGACGAGUACGGGCCGUUUGUGUACAAGUUUGAUAAGGACGGGCGGAUGGUGGCCGCCGUGCAGCCGCCCGACGCGAUCCUCCCCGUUCGUCGGGGCGAGAUCAGUUUUAACUCGGACACGCCGCCCAUCUACGACCCGGCGCAGGUCCCGGACCCGGCGGACCCGGAGCAUGGACGGCAGAAUAACCAGGGUUUUGAAGGGUUGACUAUGAAUGCGGAUGGGAAGGCGCUGUGGGUCAUGCUGCAGAGCGCCGCGCAGCAGGAGGGCGGGGCCGGGUCGGCCUCGAGGAGGAAUGCCCGGCUUUUGAAGUACGCUGUUGACCCCAAGAAGAAGAAGAAUUGGAACGGGAACGGGAACGGGAACGGGAACGGGAACGGGAACGGGAUUAUUAUGGAGUACGAGGCCGAGUAUGUCGUGCCGCUGCCGACGUACACCAACGCCAAGGGUAAGACGCGCGUGGCCGCGCAGUCCGAGAUCCUCUACGUGUCCGACACCCAGUUCCUGGUGCUCCCGCGCGACUCGGGCGCCGGCAGGGGCCAGGACGAUCCGCUGUCGCGGUAUCGCCAUGUGGAUGUGGUGGAUAUCUCCGGGGCGACGGAUAUCAGGGGGGCUAGGUUUGAUGAUAUCCGCGAUGGGAAUCUGACUGCUGGCGAGGAAUCUGAUGAGCUUGUGGAGGGCGUACGGCCGGCCACGCUGUGUCCCUUCCUCGACUACAACGUCAACGCGGAGCUGAAUAAAUUCACGACGGAGAACGGCGACGUCGUGCACAACGGGGCGCCCGUCGAUCUGGGCCUGCUCAACGAGAAGUGGGAGGCGCUUGCCCUCGUGCCUGUCAACCCGGCCGGCCAGGGCAAGAAGAAGGAUUGCAAGGAUGAGUACUAUUUGUUUACGCUCUCGGACAACGAUUUUGUUACAAAUAAUGGGUACAUCAACUUUGGUAAGAUCCAGUAUGUGGACGACUCGGCGACCGUGCCCUUCUUGGAUAGCCAGGCGCUGGUCUUCAAGGUCACGCUGCCCAAGGGGAGCAGACCGUUUGUUGGAUGAGGGUGCGUCAGCGGUGGCUUUUCUCUGGUUGAUGGCAUCUGUUGCAGACAAGUAGAGGAGAGUGUGAGUACCAGUGUUAGUAGUACUAAUAUAGUGGCUUAUUGUUCCAAGUUGUAAUCAG